AUGCCACGACUGCUCUCUACAGCGCUGUCAUUGCGUCGCGACCCUCGACUGCUCAAAAUACCUCCAUACAUAUCUGCCUUCUGCAUUGCCAUUGGUGUUGUUUGGCUCCUCCUACUGCCCCUGGACGAUUACUCGAGACGAACCUACGUAUCAGAGAAUGCUCUCUUGCCUGGCCAGGUGCAUACAUACUUCGGUGGUAGUGAACAAUCCAUUUUCAGAGCAUUCAGGCAUGAGGUAGACUUGCUUGCUAGCAAGAACAACUUCGAGGUCAAUGACAAGCUGGAAUCCAUCCUGACUGGCUUUGGAGUCAAGGUUGGUCGACAAAAUUAUACCUAUCACUCUGCGGGAGAGAUAUACAGUGGGGAGAAUGUGUACGGUAUUUUGCAAGCUCCGCGAGGGGACGCAACCGAAGCCAUCGUUCUGGUGGCUGCAUGGAAAAGUAUAGAUGAGCAGCUCAAUCGUAAUGGUGUUGCGCUCGUCCUCACGUUGGCUCGCUAUUUCAAACGUUGGUCUUUAUGGUCCAAGGAUAUCAUUCUUCUUCUACCUCCAGAUAGCACAACGGGUACGCAAGCUUGGGUUGAUGCCUAUCAUGAUGCCCAUGAUUCAAAGUAUAUUGCGCCGUUACCUCUCAAGUCUGGUGCGCUGCAGGGAGCUCUUGCGAUUGACUACCCUUUUGAGCACCGGUAUCAUGAACUCCACAUCAUUUACGACGGUACGAAUGGUCAGUUGCCUAAUCUCGACCUCAUCAAUUCGAUUGUAAACAUUGCAGGCGGCCAGAUGGGCAUUGAAACUACCGUCCAGCAAAUGGCUGGCCAUACGGACAGCUACCAGGAUCGACUUCAAACGAUGCUCCGAGGUAUGCUUUAUCAAGGCCUUGGAUAUCCAACGGGACCCCAUAGCAGCUUCAUUCCGUAUCAUGUGGACGCUAUAACCUUACAGCCCGCUGGCGAAGGAUGGCACGAUGAGAUGGCAAUGGGCAGAGUUGUAGAAGGAUCUUUCAGGAGUCUCAACAACCUGUUGGAGCAUUUGCAUCAGAGCUUCUUUUUCUACCUUCUCAUGCAGAAGAAUCGCUUUGUUAGCAUAGGCACAUAUCUACCCAGUGCCAUGUUGGUUGCUGCCAACUUCACUAUUAUGGCCAUCUUUCUUUGGGUGAAGAGUGGGCAACCCAUCGCAAAGAGAGAAGCCACCGACAAGGCAAAGGUUGAGCGUAACCUUCUCUCGCCGCUUGCUCUCGUUGCGACAUGCCAUUCCAUUUCUGCCAUUCCUCUAUUCAUUUUCAACCAUCUUGGUAUUAAGACGUUACCAUUGGCCUUUUUGCUAUUUUCCGUCUCGUCCACUGCUCUUCCUGCAAUCUUCUCUUUCGUUAUUGCCUCGGUUCAGAAGCCUACUGCGCAGUUCUUUCAACUUACAAAGUCCUUCUCACUGCUGAUCCUAGGCGUAUCUCUUGCCACGCUCAGCACGCUCAAUUUCUCACUCGCUUUUCUAGUUGGACUUCUGGCAAGCCCUCUUACUUUCAUCCAACCGACCAAAAACCUGGCCACUAGCAUGGACCAGUGGUGUUACUAUGUCUGA